CCAGAGCGCGCGAGGGGACACGUGGGCGCGCGUCGGGGGGAGGCUCGCACUCGCUGCCUGGGAGAAGGUGUGAAAGAGGGGAUGGCAGAGCCCUUAUGGCUUCACCUGUAUGCUCUAGGCUCACAAAAGGACACUCUUCCGCCUAGCCUCCUUUUGGGGUCAGUACAUUCUCAGAAAGGCAUAGCACAGCUGAGCCCAGGCCCAGCCCCAGAGCACGCUCCGAUAGUGGCUGCAAUGCACAGACAAACGUUUUGGCAGACUGGGUAGAAGACUGGGCUGAUCCUGAUCCACCCAGGCCCAUGCGUGAGGACAGGGGCUCUCUGGCUCAGUCAGAACGCCCCCCCCCCCCAGCAGGCUACAGGAAGACACCUUUUUGGUAGUCCCAGACUGCCUAAUGCCCUGGCUGGCAUCAACCCAAGAUGAUUAUGGCAGGAAGAUGUGUCACCAGGGUGAAGCCCUGCCGGCCACCUUUGGUGGAGGUGGUGGAAAGAGGCUGAGCUCACCGGGAAGGCUGUGACAGACAGGUCCACUGGAGAGGCUGCACACCUCAGGCUGAGUCCCUCAGUUUGCUUCCAGAGAGGCGCCUCUUGGCCCUGCUCAUCCCAGAGGAAUCGAAGUGUCUCCUGGGUAAACCAGGUCUUAGUCCCCAGUGAACCCUGGGAUCUGAGGCCCAGAAUGUCUGCACUCCAUGCCCUGUGAAGAUGCAUGCCAGGCCAAGGUGGGAGCAGACUUGGUCUCCUGAGCCGCACUUUGUUGCUGUUACGGUUGAUUAGUUGUUUCAUUUAACAACAAGGCGAUUGUACAGGCUGUGCAAUUUCACAGAAGCCUCUGAGUCCCUGGCAAUCUGGCACCCCAGGCUCCUGACGGCUUGGCGAGGCUAGUUCCAGUUGGAAGCCUGGAAGCCCUGCAAGUUGGAGGACCUGCUCCCUGUGGAAAGGCCGGCAUCCUAGCCCUAUGCAAUACCGGCCCUGCAGACAGAAAGGUGGAGAGCCUGGAGCGACACGCAGGGCGGAUGUCCCAGUGACUCGGGGCCUGGGGCACUUUUCCCGCUUGAAUCUCUGACUUGGCCCUUGUCUGAAGUCCCCCUAAGUCGAAGAAAAGCUGAUUCCUGCCGUGAUAACUAGAGGUGCAGAGUGUCGGCGCAGAGCACCACUGUGCCUGGGGCAGCAGUUACUGCGCGGAAACCAUCGCACCGGGUGGUGGUGACGCGAGCUGCCGCGGACAGAGGCCCCGAACAGCUGGACGGUAGCGCACCAGGCUUUUCAUAAAUAAUCAACAUCCCCAAACGACUCGCCUGGACUGAGGAAUGACGGAACCCUGUAUUUACAGAAGUGGGACAAGUGAGAGGUCAGGGGAGGCGCACAGCUGCCAGUAAGUCGCGUGCUGGUGCAGGCCCUCAGGCUAUCCGCCUGGCUCCGCGGAGCCGGGCAAAACACUGGAAGUCUUUCGCGGAGACCCUAGGACGAAGCAGGGAGCAGAUCUGCUGCCCGGCCGUGUACUUGCAGCCCGCAGUCCCGGCUCACGCGAACGACUACAGCUCCCAAGGUGCUCUGCGCCGACACUCCCGCAGAGACUACGACUCCCAGGGUGCUCUGCGGCGACACGCUUGCGGCGACUACGACUCCCAGGAUGCUCUGCGGCGACACGCCCGCGGCAACUACGGCUCCCAGGGUUCGCCGCGCGUCCCACCUCUCACACCAGGCCCCGCCUCAGGUCGGCCUGUGGACUACAAAUGGACACGCGCGGCAGUCGCCCGCCAGUUAGCGGCUCCGGUGCGAAGCGGCCUCGGUUCCUUGGGCGUACAGGCGUAACGCGGGCGGGCCUGGAGGGCCAGACGAGCGGUCGCGCGGGCUACGGCAGCCGGCGUGGGGCGGUGGUAGCCGUUGCUGAGGGUUGGGAGGCGGAGUCGUGGGCCUCAGGCGCUGCAAGCCCGGCGGGCCACGACUUGGCUGCGGCAGGGUGCUGGCUGAAGCCAUGGGCGACCGCAGCGGCGCGGGCGGCUCCCGGCGCCGGAGGACGGGGUCGCGGCCAUCGAGCCACGGCGGCGGCGGGUCUGCAGCGGUGGAAGAGGAGGCGCGGAACGCGGCGGCGGGCCCUGACGUGGGUGCUGGGGGGGACGCCCCGGCCCCGGACAAGGACGGAGACGACAAUGUGGGCGGCAGCCAAUUGGAGCUGAGGGUGCUUGUGUCCUGCACUGCCAGGUGCCAUCGCCUGCAGGAUUCUUUGUUCAGCUCUGACAGUGGCUUCAGUAACUACCGUGGCAUCCUGAAUUGGUGUGUGGUGAUGCUGAUCUUGAGCAAUGCGCGGUUAUUUUUGGAGAACCUCAUCAAGUAUGGUAUCCUGGUGGACCCCAUCCAGGUGGUGUCUCUGUUCCUGAAGGACCCCUACAGCUGGCCUGCCCUGUGCCUAGUUAUUGUGGCCAACGUCUUUGCUGUGGCUGCGUUCCAGGUUGAGAAGCGCCUGGCGGUGGGUACCCUGACGGAGCAGGUGGGGCUGCUGCUGCACUUAGCCAACCUGGCCACUGUUCUCAGCUUCCCGGCGGCCGUAGCCUUGCUGGUUGAAUCCAUCACUCCAGUGGGCUCCGUGCUGGCGCUGAUGGUGCACACCAUCCUCUUCCUCAAGCUUUACUCCUACCAUGAAGUCAACCUGUGGUGCCGCAGGGCCAAGGCCAAGGCUGCUCCUGCAGGAAAGAAGGCUGGCGGGGCUGCUGCCCAGCAUACUGUGAGCUACCCAGACAACCUGACCUACCGUGAUCUCUACUACUUCCUCUUCGCCCCUACUUUGUGUUAUGAGCUCAACUUUCCCCGUUCCCCCCGAAUUCGGAAGCGCUUUCUGUUGCGACGACUCCUUGAGAUGCUGUUCUUAACCCAGCUACAGGUGGGGCUCAUCCAGCAGUGGAUGGUCCCUACCAUCCAGAACUCCAUGAAACCCUUCAAGGACAUGGACUACUCACGAAUCAUUGAGCGCCUCCUGAAGCUGGCGGUCCCUAACCACCUCAUCUGGCUCAUCUUCUUCUAUUGGCUCUUCCACUCCUGCCUGAAUGCUGUGGCCGAGCUCAUGCACUUUGGAGACCGGGAGUUCUACCGAGACUGGUGGAACUCUGAGUCUGUCACCUACUUCUGGCAGAACUGGAACAUCCCUGUGCACAAAUGGUGCCUCAGACAUUUCUAUAAGCCCAUGAUCCGACGGGGCAGCAGCAGGUGGAUGGCUAAGACAGGGGUGUUCCUGGCCUCAGCCUUCUUCCAUGAGUACCUGGUGAGCAUACCCCUGCGAAUGUUCCGCCUUUGGGCCUUCACGGGCAUGAUGGCUCAGAUCCCGCUGGCCUGGAUUGUAGGCCGCUUCUUCCGGGGCAACUAUGGCAACGCGGCUGUGUGGCUGACGCUCAUCAUCGGGCAGCCAGUGGCUGUGCUCAUGUAUGUCCACGACUACUACGUGCUCAACUAUGAGGCCCCAACAGCAGUGGCCUGACCCACUCCUCACUGCCCGUGGCCAGAGCCAGCUUACCUUCCCUUGGGCCUUGAGUGCUGCAGCUGGGGGCCUGGCUGCGUGGCAUCAUCCUCCUGCCCUAGGAGGCCUCUCUGCCCCUGUGGGGCUCUCUCCUGUACCCCUUAGGGAUACUGGCAGCAUACCGGGCAGAUGCCGGCUGGGAGUCUGUGCUGACCCUGCUCCAGGGGCUGAGGGUGUCAAUAAAGUGCUGUCCAGUGA